AAUGAAUUGAAAAAAAAACUACACCUUUGGGAGUUUUGUUAUACUUUUAUUUUAUUUUUUUACACUUAUCAAGCAUAUAUAUGCGCACAAGCUGGGCCCACACAUUCUGUUAUUAGGGUCCUGUCAAUCGGUCCGCUGUCACCAUCGAUUCAUACGAAAUAUUUCAUUGAAAAACUGUAUCAUUAAUGCUUCUGCUUCGCAUUGUUAAUUUUUUCAUUUUACAUGUUGUUUUAUUGGCUCUCUGAAUAAUAUGUAGAAGCCACAGGGGUUGUAAGAAGUUUCAGUAUAACCUGUACAACACAGUCGUUGGAUUAUAUUUUUUUUUUCUGUUUUGCUUUCUCACAAACGUCAAAUCGCUUGCUAAUUGUACUAAUAUACACAUAAAGCCAACAUAGCGGUUUGAACUGCCGAAAGUUUUUGCCAGAGGAUGAAUAGCUGCUGUUGCUCUUAUCACUGCUGCUUUCAACACUGCCUAGAGCAUUUGCUUCUUCAUUUUUUUAAUCAUGGCCAUGGAUAGAAAAGCGACAAGUAAACGACAACAAUCAAAAACUUCCAGUAUGGCAGACGUGAGAUUGCUGGUGCAAGAGGAAGGCAGAGCUGCCAGGAAUCUGAUAGCUUUCAAUGUUCCUCUGGAGGUCGACAAUGUUGAAAAGAUAACGCGCAAACCGCCCAGUGUGCCAAAAGUCUUUCAGCCAGCCAAUGCUAAGAGAUCGAUCAAAAGCACCGCCAGACUAAGAUCAGCUUCGACUGGACGAGACAAGCGUUCCGAGUUGCAAGCAAGAUACUGGGCAUUCCUCUUUGGCAAUCUUCAGAGAGCUGUGGAUGCUAUUUACGAGACGUGCGAAGAAGAUGAAAACAUAUCAGAGUGCCAGGAAGUUAUCUUAGUACUGGAAAAUUACACAAGGGAUUUUCACAAUCUCAUUGAAUGGUUCAAGGUCAAGUGGGCCUACGAGACGUCUUCGCCGCCGUUGAGGAGAACUCCGUUGGCGUGGGAGGUACGCAAGACCUCGCCUUGCAGAAUGUGGAACUCUUGCGUUGUGUCCAAGCCAACAAGUCCCGUUGAACAGGUCAUCGUUGAGCACAAAGUGAGCACUAAUGACAACAAAGCAGAGCCUCCUAUGGUUAAUCAGUCGAAAUCGGAUGCCUUGAAAAAUUCAAAACUCAUAAAGGAGUGCAAAAAUAAAAAUUCUAGGGAUGAUGGAAAAAUUUUGAAGGAAAAGAAUGCUCCAGUCAAAGUGAACGCAAGAGCUCCACCGUCUGGUGUAUUUAAACGAUCGAUGUCGAGCAAAAGUCAAGAAAACGACAGCAAAGUCUUGACGGAAAACAACGUCAAUAUCGUUGUGAAAACAAAUUCAGACCCAAAAAACAUCAGUGUGUCACGCAAUACCCAAAGGUCUCAGCACACAGCCGUCAAUCGUACGAAAUCUGCCAAUUUACUAGCUUCCAAUAAUGUUAAUAACGAAAACAACGUCGAUGCACUGUCUAAAAAAAACAACGAGGCCAAGAAAGAUAUCGAAACAACGAAAAAUCUCAUAAAUACCAACAAGAACAUUGUAGUUAAUGGCACGAGGACCACCUUAAGUUGCAUUAAUAGCAAGCCAUCGAACAAACCCGCAGUGUUGACUGUUCCUAAAGUGAAGACUAAUAUCGGCACUUUGCCAGCAAAGCCGGCAUACUCGACCAUAUCGCGAAUGAAGUCGUCCUUGAGUAUUUCGAUGACUCAGCAACAACAGGAGAUCCCAAAGAUUGUCAGGAGUUAUACCACUUUGGGUUUCAAAGGACCAACAACGCCCAACAGGAUGAAGCCCGGCACCUCGGUCAUAGUGAGAAAACGACCGCAAACCCAAGCUGAGUAUUUGAGGAACCGAAGCUCCAUCAGCUGCGAGCAGGGCGAAAUGAGCGCCUCCGUCGAAGUUCUCCAUCCUCAAUCAAAGACUCCCAGACAACAGCAGCAAAGCUCAGAAUCGUCGCCACCGCCAAUAAUUCCAAAGGAAGACGUGGACGGUUGGCAGACGGUGCGGGGUCGUUACAGACGCAGCAGCACGCACAACUUGAACAUGUCGACGCGAUUUCACAAGCCCAGCACAGCGACCUCGCUACCGGCCCUCUGCAUCGACUCGCCGACGGAGAAGAACAACCGACAGAGGAGCAGAAGAAGCGCUGGAGCUAAACUCAUGAAAAUCACCACUAUCACCACCACCAGUAAUCAACCUGAGAGACAGCUCGACUCGGAGAAACAGAAAGUCGAUGGCAGUAGCAAUGCAGUGGCUGAAGUUGCAUGCGUUGACAAAAAACAACAGCCCGAGAGCCAGAAUGCACCGGUGUCAGCAACAGCUGCAAAAGUCGUCGCGAGUACCGAGACCAGCGUCACCCCCAAGGUAACCGAGAGCCAGUCCACGUCCCUCACAAUCGCCGCCAUUUUCAAGAGCGAAGCCGAACUGCUGGAAAAACGCAUCCAACAGUUCAUGGCCGCGCAAGCCGAGCGAGAGCGCAUAAUCCUCGAAGAGGAGCGAAAGACCGAAGAAGCUGACUCGCAACGCUCCAAGCAGCUGUCGGACGAGGAAGACUUGCUGCAGCGUCAAAUUCUCGAGCUCGAGUCCACGGACAUAGACGUGGACACGGAAACCGACGAGACUGACGGCGAGAUGGUGCUGGAUGCCGAGGAGGAUGGGCUGAACGUGGAAACGGGCAGCAGCAACGACGUCGACCCCAUGAGUUUGGAGGAUCGCUACGAGAAUAUGCUCGAGGGCAUGUCUUGGGCCGAGAGGAUGGACACGCUGGCGCAGUUGCAGGACCUCGUAGCCAGGCACCCGGGACGGGCGAUCGAGCUCCAUCAAAAACUCUCCUCGCCGUCGAGGAAGAGAUCGUUACCCGAGACACUGAGGAGGUAUCAGGCGAAACAGGCGUGUGCCCAGCACAAGCGGCAAAAACUAUUGAUGGAGAAAUCCCAACGACUGCGCGAGCUGUUGAACAAAGUCGAGGAUGUGAAAACGGCCAAGCACCAGCUGAUCGAAGACAAGCGACUGCGACUCGAGUUAAAGCUGAAGCGAGCCGAGGAGAAGCGCACGCAGCACCUGCUCGAGGUGGUGCGCAAAGCACACGACGAGGAGUCCAAGCUGAAAGAGAUAGCCUUCAUAAACGAGCUGGAGGCGCAGAACAAGCGCCACGAUUUCAUGGCUCUGUGCCAAGAGCAGGAGGAGCGGCUCCAGGGCAUCCACGAGGAACGGCAGCGCCGUCAGGAGGAAAAGGCGGCCAAGGAGGCGGCAGCCGAGGAACGCCGGCGAGCCCUCGAGGCCGAGCGCCAGUUGCGGAUCCAGCGCAUGCGACAGGCCCGCCAGGAGCGCGAGGAGCGCGUCGGCAAGAUGCAACUCGAGCGCGAAAAGGAGCGCCAGGAGUUGGCCCGGGAGAAGGCGCGCGACCGCGAGGAACGGCUAUCGGCCCUCCACGCGGCUCAACUCGCCAAUCAGGAGGAGCUCCAGAAGAAGAUCGCCCAGAAGCAGCAGGACUCGGCGCGCCGGCACGUCGAAAACAUCGAGCACAUACGCCAGCGCGCCCUCGAAUCCUCCAUCACCCGCUCCGAGGAACUACCGCCGAGUCUCAAGCGGUACCCAUGUCCCAAGCAGUGCCUACUUUGCUCUAAAGUCAUUCCCAACGAAGUGCAUCUAAUGAGCCAUCUGAAGGGACGGCCGCACUCCGAGGCGGUUCGGAGAGUACACGAGGGCCGCGAACCUUCCCGGGACGAGUUGCAAAAGUUCAACAUAUCGCAGAUAAAGGACCUGCAGCAGCCGAGCUCGCAGGAUGACGAGAGCCGCGCGGCCAAGGAGCGUCAGAAGGCGCUCAAACGACGCAGCCGGAAAAUAAAGCAGCGCAUGCUGGCCCGCAGCACGACAUCCGCCUCGGAGGAGUCGACCACUGUUGCCCAAAGCACUGCCGAUUCCAGCAACAAAGCCAAUUUCCGUCGGAACCUCAAGGAGCUUGAUAAGCUUUGUCAGGCUCACGCGAGGAGUACCUGGUCCGCCACGCCCGUGGCCAGUCUCGAGCGCUGCCUUGGCCAAAUCGCUCGUGCUUUCUCGAAAGCUUGUCCCCUGGAUCAGGAUACAUUUGCACAGCUCAGCGGCUUUGAGACUCUGACGAAUUUGCUGAACCUCGCGCUGAACAUUCAAAAUGCAACGCAAACCUUGCCAAACAAGAGUAUCGUAUCGAUCUGUCGCGUUUACAUGUCCGGGUUGACCGGACACCGCAACAACAUAGAGACGGUCCUGCUGAGCAGUAAGAUCAUCGUGCUGUUGGACCUUUUGAUGCAGCGUUUGGAGGUGGUGACGAGCCUCGACGACAGCAGCCAGGAAGCUUCGCCGAAGAGCAGCCACGCUAGCGUGGUCGCAGCCGUGCUCCAGUUGCUCUGCGCCCUAGUGCCCGCCAGCCCGACGAGCUUCGACAAGCCGGCCCUCCAAUCUCGGCUUCAAGACCUCACCAGCUACCUCCUGACGAGCGGCCUGAUCGACCGGCUGAGCCGUCACAGCCGCGUCACCGUCGAGUCGGACCAGGAGCGCGACUGCAGCGUCCUCGUCGGCUCGUACGACCUUCUCGGCCGGCUGUGCGUCCAAUUGCGACGCUACCCGGACUCCCCGGAAACCCCCGUGGUUGCCGGAGAAAGCGAGCCCUGCGUCGCCCGGGCCCACCUCCUCGGCCAACUCGAGUCGAGCGAGGCCGCCGGACUGAUCGGUGCCCUAUAUGCCGCCGUUGCCCUUGCCGCCAAGCCCCCCGGCUCUACCUCGCCUACUCCAGGUCAGCUGUCACCUGCGGCACGAGCCCUCGCCUGCAGCGGCUUGAGGCUACUCAGGAGUCUUGCCGAGCUCGAUCUGCACAAGUUUCAGGCACUGCUCGGUGCCGAGGGUACGAGCCUGCAGUGGCGACUGAUUGCCAGCCACCUGAUAACCAAGCUGUCGCGCGACAUGGCCGACCAGGCGAUUGUCGUUGGUGCCAGGGAGGAACAGCAGCCGGGAUCCGGGGUGGGUAACAGGAGCCUGCUGGCCGAGCUCUUUGUCGCGCUGGGUUACUUCGCCAUCAACAACACGGACAACCAGCUAGUGCUCCAGUCGUCGGGGGGUGGAGCGACGGGCCCGAGCGUGCUUCAGCAGCUUUGCACGCUGCCCUUUCCGUUCUAUGGGGAUCCCCAGUUGUCUUCGUACACGCUGUCGACUCUACUGGCUGCUACUCACGACAACGCCGAGGCCAAGGCUGUACUUUCCUGCGAGAUGUCGUACCAGCUACUCGAAGAGUACCGAGACUCCGAGGCCGGCAAACUCAACCCUCUGCUGCGUCUGUUGAAAGUUUUGUAAAAUCAUGUACUAUAUCUACCACUGGUCUACAACCGGAAAAUCUUGCACGAGCAGUUUAGAAGCCCAGUGUCGUUUAUUUGCUUUUUUUUGUUUAAAAAAGACAUCGUCGUCGUAUCUUAACAAUGUGAUAUUUUUGUAAUAACAAAAUGUUAGGGUAUAAAGAAUUUUAUGUCCCCCUUUUUGUUGCUUCUUUAAUUUCAUAUACAAAAUUUAUGUUUUGUUUUUCUUUUUCGUCGUCGAAUUUCACAUAUAUAAUGUAGAGUAAAGAAGUGUGAUGAUCAUUCAAAUAUAUUUUUAUAACAAAUUUUAAAUGCAAUCUAAUUUUCAAGAAAUGAUACUUAAUUUUAAGGGUUAACGAAGGUGCUCUAAGUCAGUUGUGUAGGUAAUAUUGAAGGGAUGGUGCCGUAGUGUUAUGCGAAAACCAAAA